AAGGAGCGAGAAUUUAGUCGCGUUGAUAACACGCACUUCGAUGAUCAUUAACUAUCAAAAUGGACACGACAACGAUAAGUUAUCCCACAUAGUUAUUUUCGCGAUGUGUAUAAGGUUCGCGCGUUGGACCAAUUCCUUUUAGUAUCGUGGAGCACAUUAAGCGAUCAAGUCUCUACGGGGUUUCAAGGAAUUAAAUUUCUAAAACCGAGAAAAAGAAACAUCAUGUCGGAGAUAAAGGUGCUGGAUGGUGGUCUUUCCACACAAUUGUCCACCCAUGUGGGUGAGAAGAUUGACGGUGAUCCUUUGUGGACUGCACGUUUCCUCAUAACGGAACCGAAGGCUGUUUUUGCUACUCAUUUGGAUUUCUUGCGUGCUGGUGCCGAUAUUAUAGAGACGAAUACGUACCAAGCAACCAUCGACGGUUUUGUAAAAUAUCUAGGCAUCACGGAGGAGGAGAGCCUUAAGAUUAUUCGUAAAGCCGUCGAUUACGCUAAAGAUGCUGUAAGUGUUUAUAGUAAAGAGAUAAAGAAUGAUCCAAAUGUGAAGAACAGGAAACCAUUGAUCGCUGGAUCUUGCGGACCUUACGGUGCUUGUCUACACGAUGGUUCAGAAUACACUGGUUCGUACUGUGCUCAUGUAUCGCAAGAAUUUUUGAUCAACUGGCAUAGACCUCGCAUACGCGCAUUGCUGGAGGAAGGUGUUGAUUUAUUGGCGAUAGAAACGAUACCUUGCGUUCGCGAGGCAGAAGCCGUAAUCGAUUUACUUAAGGAAUUUCCGAAUACUCAGGCAUGGCUGUCAUUCUCCUGUAGAGACGAUGGAAAGAGCUUAGUAGAUGGCAGUAACUUUCAAGAGAUUGCCGUCAGAUGUUACAAAAAUGCACUGCCUGGACAAAUAUUAGCGAUUGGCGUUAAUUGUAUUGCUCCACAAUCCGUUACUACGCUGCUGCAAGAUAUCAAUAAAGACAAGUCAAACGAUUUUAUACCGUUGGUGGUAUACCCUAAUAGCGGAGAAAAGUAUAUUGUAACCGAAGGAUGGAAGAAGGAAGGAGAAGCUCUUUCUCUGCACGAGUUCAUUGACGAAUGGCUGGAUCUUGGCGUUCGCUACAUCGGUGGAUGUUGUAGGACAUACGCUGCGGAUAUCAAACGAAUACGAUCUAGAGUGGACCAAUGGCGGACAUAGACGUGUAUAAAUUUGAAUGAUACUGAUUUAAUUUUCAAUAUUUGCGCAAACGCAAAAUAUAUAAAACACACACACACACACACACACACACACAUA